AUGGACGGCUGGCGAUGCUGGGCACUUUUCACUUUGCUUUUCAACUUGGAGCUGUCCUACGGCUCCCCUUCGUCCUAUGACCUCUUCCAAGCAAGCGCCUACACUGGAGCCGUGCACAGACACAAAAACAGAAACUGGUGCGCCUAUGUGGUCCAGAGGAACGUGAGCUGCGCCGUGCAAAGUGGCGUGGAGACGUUCCAGGAGCCCGCGAUGCCACCGUGCCCAAACUACCGCCCCGAGUGCCAGCCGCAAGUCACGUACAGAACACGAUUCCGGCCGACUUACAAGAUUGCCUUCAAAAGAGUGACGGAUCUGGAGUGGAGAUGUUGUCCAGGUUUCACGGGUCCAGACUGUAAAGACAUGAAACCAGUGUCCAAUCAACCCAUUGAUCCAGGGACACAGACUUUUCUUCCACAAAACCCAGCCUACCCCAGACACACACAAAGGACCGAGCGCAGAGAGACGGGGCAGCAGGAGACCAGACACGGUAGUCCGGACAAGGUGCGGCUUUUGGAGGAUGAAGUUCAGCGUCUAUCCCAAACCGUCCUGGAUCUUCAGUCCUCUCUGACAGGACUGACGAAUAAUCUCAAAACAAACUUGGAGGACGACACAAAAAAGAUGAUCGUAACAUUAUUCAACAACAUGCGACCUCCGGAAAAUGCCACUGCGCCUAUACAAGAGGAGAGUCCUGCGGUUUUGGAUGGUCAUCAGACCAAUAGAGGGGGACUGGUCGGCGAUAAGGCGAUCGAGAAGAUAGUUGCCAGGUUGGAUGACAUGAACAAUGCAUUGAAAAGCAAAGACGAGGCAAUUGAGGAUUUAAAGGGAACCGUGUCUGGUCAUGAAGGACAACUGCGAGUUCUUAUGGAUGCAUCGCAAGCACAGACCCCCACCAUACCAGAGAUAGAUGUUGUCCAAACGUAUAUUGACGGUAAGCUCGAGAAACUGAAGAAAGAGCUGAACCAAAACGUGCAGGAACAGUUGGUGAAGCUUCAAGUUUCGUGUUACGACAAAAUCCAGACCGUGCAGAAGACCUGUGACGACCAAUCUACGACUUUAACCAAGCUUGUGGAGGUGAAAGAAAAUGAUCUAAGGAAGGAGAUACGGGCGUUGCGAUUGGAGUUGGCAGCAAACGACGGACCGGUGAGAACGCAAAGACAGACAGAUGUGGCAAAAGACGAGAAUAACGACCAUAAAGAACUGUGGAGGGAGAUUGAUCGCAUAGCAGAGGCGCACCGGAUACUGAACGUACGAAUCGACAAUGAACUGGCUCACCUGUCCAACCAAGAGGGUUCAAGCAGUGAUAUCAACCUUUUGAUUGAGGAGCUGGAAGCACGAGUUAACAUAACAGAGCAAAACGCAGAGACGCAUUGCUUUUACGUUGAGGAAAAGUUGACGCGAGCUAUCACGGAAGAAGCAACAGACAUAAGAAAGUUGAUAGACGAGCGUUUGAACGGAAUGGAGGACCAGUUCACAAACAUGCUUGUGGAGAUUAGCAACAACUCAUUCUCAGCGAUAGUUGGCGAGUCUAUGAGUGGAGUCAACACGCAACUCAACACACACCUCACCACACAGCUCAACAACAACAAGUUAAUGAUUCAGAGCUUGGAUGACAAGAUCAAUGCAGUUGGGGAGAUUUGCUCGGCAGGAUGCCUGGGUUCAGGGGAUAAAGAGACCGCCACUUCCCCAUCGUCUGCGCCUUCUACGGGUUUCACACACUUUAUGAAGGAUCUAAAGCAGUACAAGAAUGAGUUGGAUGUCCUGAGUAACAAGAAGGUGAACAGCUCAUGUGGAAGUCAUGGCGCAGAUCUAACAGAAAUGCAGAGGGCAAUACAAAGACUCCAGACACAGCUGUCUUCACUGGCCAAACACGUGUCAAAGGACAUCGCUGCGAGAGAACCAGGAAUGACGCUGAGACCAGAGCGCCCGUCCUCUGCUCCUGAUCCUAAUCGUGGAGUCAAACACAUUCACAUCCCCUUCAUCCCGCCGCCGACCCACCCCCGCCAGCCCCCACGGCCCCCCACCCAGCCGGGACGCCCCCACAUCACGGCCCUCAAGCCCAAUACUCCAAGCCUCCAGCCCUCCGGUCCCCAGGAGGUCCCGGCUCGUCCCGUGGUGGAGACCGGAGAGGCCGGACCCCCCGGAUACACGCGCAGGGUCACGGUGAGGAGGGGGUCCGAAGACUCGUCCCGCAGCAGCAGCCCGCCUCUCACCGGGUUUGCUGGAGCGCCAGGUUACCCCCCUCCGCAGCCAGCCGCCCCCAGACCCCAGCCGGCCGCCGCGCACCGAGCUCCAGUGGCGGUGAAGCAGCCUUGGAACCAGAUGUAUCAGGCCAAUUCACCAGAGUCUGUGGAUCCCUGGUCUUUCCCGGAGUCCUUCUCCUUCUCUGCGGGACUCACUCAGACCUCGUUCUCUGGAGACUUCGGCCUGAUCCGCUUCAACAGGGUCUUGGUGAACGACGGGGGUCACUACUCUCCACACACAGGGGUCUUCACAGCGCCGGUGGACGGUCGAUACCUGAUCUCCGGCGUGCUGACCGCCAGACCGGGCGACCGAGUGGAGGCGGUGCUGUCCGUGGCCAACCGCAGUGUCCAAAGACUGCAGACCUCAACCGCACCGGGAGCAGCCACCAGGGGGAGCUGUGACUGUGGAGGCACCGUGUCUUUCAGCUUAGUCUUCCCCCUGAGGAAAGGCGAGCGGCUGGGGCUGGUGCGGACACGCGGUCAGCUCGCCACGACCGAAGCCAGAGAAAUCCUGUCCACGUUUAGUGCCGUUUUCCUCUACGCGCCGCAAGCCAAGAGAUAG